GAACGGCAGAUGCUGCCGGCGAAUAUUGUCCUGGAAGGAAAUCGCCUCCCUUUGAGGUGUAAGUGGUACGCUCCGAGCAAAGAUCUACGUCACCCAUUGUUUACAAACCCAGCAGGGCCGGUAGGAGCCGGGCGGAGGAGGACUGGUGGUAGUAGUGGUAGCUGCGCUCUUCUGUUUCGCCAUGCCGUGCCGCAAGGAGAGCUUCCUGCUGCUGGAGCAGUCGGUCACCGUGGACUCCAAGGAGGUGGACUCCCUGGUCGCCCGCAUAGGUGAAGCCCUGCAGCUCAACGCCCACCGGGCUCCGACCUCCUGCAGCCUGGCCCUGAAACCCCCGGCGGUGAGCCGAGCGCCGGCCGCCAUGUGCUCCUGUGUGCGGGGCAGGACUACACCAUACCGGGUAUGCACCCCGAGAGGAGCCGGGCGCUACCAUCAGCAGCAGCACCCGGGGGGCGCCAGGCAGUGCUUGGGGAGCAGUAAGCAGCUCUGUGGUCGGGGCUGGGUGCGGGAAAGCUGCAGGAAGGACGAGGGGGAAGACCCGCACCAGCUGCUGCAGGAGCUCCUGCUCUCCGGGAACCUCAUCAAAGAAGCCGUGCGGAGGUUACAUCUCACCGGGGAGAGCUCCAGCCCGGCGCCCUGCAAAGUGGCCGAGGCCCCCGAGACCCUGGUGCAGUGAGGCUGGCAGAGGCCAGUGCCAAGGAAAGGGGGUGGAGGGGUCAGACCAUACCACCUGGUGUUAUCUGUGCCCUCAUAGGGGGGGGGGGUGACUGUCCAUGCCAAGGUGGUGGGCAUUAUGCCCUGGUGAACAUUGGUCUGUCACAGCCGGGUGCACACGCUAAUCAUGUCAAACGUGUACAGAUCAUCUCCCACCCAACGUGAGCCAUAUCCACAAUGUGGUCCUGGGUGGUGGUCACUGCCUUGAAGCCAGUAAUGGUACCAUGUGUGACCACCUCUACACCCCCCCAACAUGGAGGCCUCUCAAUUUUGGUGGACUUUUUCAAGAGACUCCCCUCCCUGUAAGACUAUCGGACAUUGGGGACGAAAGAAGAACUUUAUACCGACUUACUGAUCAAAAAUAUCCCACCGGGAACUCCAGACAACCUCACCCUGGUGACCUCCAUCAGUGCACACCUCAGGCCACCAGAGUUGCUCUUCUUCACCAGCCAACUUUAAGUCUUUCUGCCCAAAUGACACCGGUCUUGCCCCCAUCCUUGCUGACUGGCGAACAGUUGGUUGGUCCCAUUCUCACAUUGAUGCUGGAGAUGCCACCAAGUUUGAGGUUCCUCAAGAACAAGAGCGGUAGAUUAUCUUAGUGACCCUAAAGAUGAAUCAUGUGCAGUCCUACCAUGAGCCAGUUGCAGAGUUUAGCCCCCAAUCCCCCCCCCCUCCCUGUUUACAAGAUACUUGAAGGGGUUCAUAAACUUUAGAAUUUAGCCCUCAAAUUGGAACCCUGAUCAAGAAGCUCUGUUUGUUGUUUUCCUAGAAAUUGAGAAUUUGACUUGUGUACCUGGUUCUUCGUGCCGGUUCCACUACACUAGUGUGAUCCCAAAGGAACCCGGGGGGGGGGGGGGGGGGGGGGGGGGGGUUGUGGAUGCCAAUGUUCUCCUUAUUUGGGGUUAAGUAAUUGUUCGGCUGCUUGUUUACAGGUCUGCGGGCGCUGGCUCCUGCUCCUAUCCCGUGUUAUUGUUUUGCCUGGCA